AUUUAAGUAGUGACAGUUUAUGUGAUUGGAAGGUUCUGAUCUGAAAUGAAAAUAAUGAUUAAAACGAUACAUUUUUUUCUACUAUUCGUUUUUGUUAAUCCACAAUGGCAGCAGUAUUACUAUAAAUGGAAUGGAGAUCACUUUGAUAUUAUUGCCUCGGAUAGAUACGUUAAGAAUUAUCGGAAGAUUCAAGCUCCAAAGUCUUAUAAAAUACAACACAACGAUCGUGGAGAUCGCCCUGGUAGAUGCAUAGCUGGUCAAUUCUUCUGCAGUGAACCAUACUCCUUACAAGAUACUAGCCAGUUCGAAUGUGAGACAGACUAUCAGUGUCCAACACCCUUUAAAUGUUGCGAAGUCAAAUGUUUUCUACAUAAAAUUUGUCAACCAAGUAUUGAAGAAGAAGAAACUACUGAGCAAAUUUUACCGGCAUCUCCAGAAGAAAUAAAGCUACCAACAGAAUCACCAACACUGCAAUCAACAACAUCAACAUCUACAACACUUAAUACCAAAGAUAUAACUGAAUUAACAUCAACAAUCAAAGAAAAAACUUCUACAGAUUCUUACACGUCUGAUAUAGAAACUUCAACAGAAUUGUAUACAACGACAACUGAAGUAACAACAAAACUAACUGAUUCGUCAAUAGAGAGUAAAGAAACAACUACAGUUUCUAACACUUUAAGUACUGAAACUUCUUUCGAAACUAUAAAAACACAAACUCCGGCUGUAGACAUAACAACUAUCACAGUGACAACACAGCAAAAUGAUCUGAAAACUUCACCAGAAAAGAAAGAAACUUCCCUAUUUCCUGAUACUACAAGUACCGAAACGUCUUCCCAAACUUCGAAAAUACAAAUUUCUUCAACAGUAAUACCAACUACUACAACAAUAACACAGCAACCCGAUCUCAAAACGACAUCAGAAAAAGAAUAUACUUCUACAAAUUCUAAUCCUGUAAGUAGUGAAACUACUACCAAAAAGUUGGAAACGGCAACUUCUUCGAUAGUGAUAAUAACUUCUACAGCAAUAACAGAGCAACCUAAUUUUACAACGACAUCAAAACAAGAAAAUAUUUCUACAUAUUCUAAUACUGAAAGUACUAAAACUACUAGUCAAAAUGUGGAAACACAAACAGCUUCAACGAAAAUAACAGAGAAAACGUCUUCCAAAGAUUUGGAAACAGAAUCUUCAACAGUCGGAAGUACAAAUAAAAUCACUACGCAGAAUGAAGCCUUAACAACAAUCGAUAAAACUAGUUCAACUUCGAGUAUUUAUACAACUCCUGAACAACUAGAAACAGAAACUACUCAACACCAAAAACAAUCAACCAUGACAACAGAAAAUAAGGAAAUAACCACUUUAAUCAAUACUGACAAUAGUACCGAAGCAACAGAACUUCCACCGGUAGUUAUGGAAAGAAACACAAAACUUCAAGAUUUAACUACCACCACAAAGAGUUCAACAGAACCUGCUAUUUCAGAUACUCUGAAGACAAGAGAACCUCCUGAAGAAUUAAAUCAAAAAAACGAUAAAACAAAGGCACCACCACCAACUAUUAAAGAAAGACAAUCUACAGAACAUGGUAAACAAACGACUACAACUUAUAUAACGAAUAUAAGCUCAACCGAGAAGGAAAUAACUGAAUCUAAAGCAAUAGCAGAACCCACCGACGAAAUUAAUAUUGAUAACGAAGAAGGAAGUGGAGAUGUUGACGGCGAAAAUGGAAGUGGAGACGGUGAUUAUGAAGAAAGGGACAAAACAGACACUGAUAACAAAAACAAAAAAAUUGAGAGUAGUGGCGAUGAUACUGAUGACAACGAAAAUGACAGUAGUGAAUAUACUUUCAGUGGAGAUGGUGAUGAUUCCAUCGAGGAAUUAUCUAGUACACAAGCAAAUGAGUAUAAAACAGGGCAAGAUUCUUCAAAAAAUAUUAUAUCAUCUACAGAAAAACAAGAAAUUCAAUCCACCACCACACAGCAUGAAACACAAACUACUAAUUCCAAAUCUUUAACAACAGAGCCUACAGAUACUAAAAAUAAAUCUCAGGCAAACGUAGAUGAACAGAAAUUUAGUGACCAAACUGCGAAACUAACCGCACAAUCCACGAAAGUGACUACACCAACUACAAUAGCAACUACACAAACGAAUGCAACCACCACAAAAGUUAAAGCAAUACAAAAAGUUACUGCUGAUGUAAUUAAUGGUGAUAAAGAUGGAAACCUUGAUAAGUUUAAAGAAGAAUCAUCUAAAAAAGAUGGAAACGAUGGUACAGAAGAAGAUAAAGAAAAAAAUGUAAUGGAAAGUAAGUCCUCUACAGAGAAAGAAGCUACUCAACUUACAACCAAACCAUACGAAACAGAAGCUAGCCAAAGUGCAUCCUCAAUUAACACAACAAAUAAUUCUGAAAAAAAUACCAACACCAAACCUUUAACCACAGAACAUACAACAGACACUAGUCACAAUGAGUCUGAAACAAGCUCCAAGACUAACAAAUUGACUAUAGAAAUGACUGAAGCAACUGCAGAAACUACAGAAGUAACUACAGAAACUACGAAGGCAACUACAAAAACUACGGAAGCAACUACAGAAACUACAAAAGUAACUACAGAGACUACGAAAGUAACUGCAGAAACUACAAAAGCAACUAUGGAAACUACGAAAGCAACUACACAAACUAAGGAAGAAAGUGUACCAACUACGAAAGUGACUACACAGACUAGUAAAGCGACCCCUAUAGAACCUAAACCAACACAAACUGUUACUCCGGUUGCAAUUAAUAGUGACAAAGCAGUAAGCAAUGGAGGAAGUGAAGGAAAAGACAGUGAAUAUGAUAAGGAAAGUGAAAUUAUUAAUAUUGAUAAAGAAGACAAACAAGUUGACCGUACCGGUGACGAUGCAAAUGAAGACAAUAAAAAUAAUAGUUCAGAAUUAAUUCAUACUGGCGACGGAAAACGAGACGACCUUGAGAAGGAAUUUUCUAAAAAAGAAAUAGAAGAAGAUAAUAAAGGAACAAAUUUAACCCAAAACAGUGAGUCAUUACACAGUUACACUGAACCCUCAACAAUAGAACCUACGAUAGAGACUACUAACAAUAAGUUCCAGACAAGCUUGGAGGCAAAUAUUUUGACAAAAGAAAUUGAUGCAGCAACUAAAAAAACUAUGGAAGAAACUGCACCAACUAUGAAAGUGACUGUACAAACGACGAAAGCAACUAAACAACCUAUAGAAGUAACUGCACAAACUACGAAAGAGACUACGCAAACUACAGAAGCAACUACAGAAAUUAAGAAAGCCACUACGCAAACUGAGAAAACAACUUCCACAGACAGUGAUGUAGCACAGGCGAUUACUGUUGAUGCUGCUUUUAAAGAUUCGACAAAAAAACUUAUAGCAGAAACUAGUAAUCACGAUUCAAUAACAACUUCUGACAAAACUAGAGAUUUGAUAACUCCACAACCUACAAAACCAGAAACAACUGAAAGCCACAAAAAGCAAGCUGUUACUGAGGUUGGACUCGAUAGUGACGAUGAAGAUGGCAGUGGAGAUAAUUCAUAUGACGAUGACGAAGAUAAUGAAUAUAAAGAUAACGAUGAUGAAGAUAAUGAAUAUGAAGAUAAUGAUGAUGAAUAUGAAGAAAACGAUGAUAAAGAUGCUGAAUAUGAAGAGAACGAUGACGAAGAUGCAGACGAAAAAGAUUACGGAGAAAAUUAUGAAUAUGAUGAUAAUGAUGAGGACGAUGAUGAAGAAAAUUCUGAGUACAGUAAUGAGGAUUCUAAAGAUAGUUUACCAAAUAAAAAUAAGGAUGAAAGAAACAAAGCCAAUCAAAAAGGAUAAUAUAAUUUGAUUAUAGUUUAUAAAGCAUUUGCGAU